UCAAGCAAGAUGGAGACCGGACUGAGUAGCGGAAAAUCGACCCCCAAAAUGCCUCCCAAAAGACAAGUUUUGGGGAUCCGAGUGUCGAGCGACUCAAACAAGGGGGGUAGGGAUUACAUGGAAGAUAUGGUUUCUAUACGAUAUGAGCGAAGAGAAGAUAAUGAUAUUGCAUUUUUUGGUGUUUUUGACGGGCAUGGUGGGCGGGAAGCUGCGGUGUUUGCACGCGACAUGUUGUGGGAUUUCAUCAAAGAACAACGUGGAUUUGAGUCGAAAGACCCGGCCAAGGUUAAACAAGCCAUCAAAGAAGGGUUCCUAAAAACACAGGAGGCUAUGUGGAAGAAAAGAGGUAACUGGAAUCGGACUAAGUCAGGCUAUCCAAGUACAGCUGGUACCACAGCCUGUAUUGCCAUCAUCAGAGGGAGACACAUGUAUGUGGCUCACGUUGGGGACUCUCGUGCGGUGCUUGGCGUCAACACCCACACUUCACGCUUUCUCAAAGCUCGGGCAGUUACCAUCGACCAUAAACCGGAAUCUCCAAAGGAGGUGAAGAGGAUAGAAGCAAUCGGAGGACAGGUGCUCGCCAAGAAUGGUGUACAGAGGGUGGUGUGGGAACGCACGAAGCUGAGUCAUACUGGACCGGUCAGAAGAAGCACUAAUGUGGAUAAGAUUCCAUUUCUAGCAGUUGCAAGAUCAUUAGGUGAUCUAUGGAGUUACAGCACGCUACACGAUGACUACGUUGUGUCGCCAUCGCCAGAUAUUAGUCAUCACAUUCUUAACCCUAAGGUUCACAAGUGCCUGGUUCUAGGAAGCGAUGGCCUCUGGAACAUGCUCAGCUCUAGCGAAUCAAUCUACAUCAUCUCCUUGUAUAACUUCGAAAAGAGCAGGGGUGAGAAGAUGCGAGAAACAAUCUCUCAACGUCUGGUGAAGAAUUCGAUUAAUAGAUGGGUAAAUCGCUCUCUGCGAGCAGACAACACUACAGCCAUAACACUCGUCUUUGACUUCCCUAGAGAAAAACCUAAACCAACAGACACUGAAAAGAGUGGAAGUCCUUCAACAACUAAGGAGAGCAGUCCAACGAAAGCAAAGAAGGAGAGCAGUCCAACGAAAGCAAAGGAGGAGAGCAGUCCAACGAAAGCCAACAAGGAGAGCAGUCCAACGAAAGCCAACAAGGAGAGCAGUCCAACGAAAGCCAACAAGGAGAGCAGUCCAACGAAAGCCAACAAGGAGAGCAGUCCAACGAAAGCCAACAAGGAGAGCAGUCCAACGAAAGCCAACAAGGUGAGCAGUCCAUCGAAAGCCAACAAGGUGAGCAGUCCAACAACGGCCACAGAGGAGGACUGUAAAGAGGAGGACUCUGACGAGGAAGACUCUGACGAAGAGGACUCUGACGAGGAAGUUGACGAGGAAGCUAAAGCGUGUCAAACACCCCGCACAGAUAUGAGUACUCCUGAAAUCUCAAAGGAGGCAGAGCCAGUCGAGGAUGAGGGCACAAUACUACGUUUGAAAGGCGAGACAGACUUUCUCGGCCUUCAAGGUUUCGGGACCUUCCGCCCGAAGCUGAAGCGUACAAAUGCCUACAGAGACUUCACCUUCCGCUUCUGGUACCCAGAGCUUACGGAAGAGGAUGUAACAACCAAAGCGUUCUGGGCGAGAAAUAGAAAGCGAAGAGUUGAGGAACCCAUUUGGGAGGAUGACGGGGAGUGGGAGGAAUGGAGAGCAGACCAAAGAGAGCAUAGAAUAGAAGUCUGUGGGGAGUCGUACAUCAAUUUCCCAUACAGCCAAGUAAAAGAAGGUAAUAGGUUCAAACCUCACAAGUACACGUCACAUCCAUCUCCUUGGGUUACCCCUCCAGAGGUUGAGAAAAAUUGCAGCUGUUUUGAGUGCAGGAAUGAUUAUCCUGAUUUUUGUACAGGAUGGACACAGAAGAGAAGGAAAACAUCAGCCAUUUGGCAUGAGCCUGACGAGACUCCAACCUCAAAUGGCCAAAGCUCUUCUUCUUCUUCGUUUACUAAUUCUAACGGGUAUGAGAAGCGUAAGGUUGCGAAGAAGCCUGUAACUCCCGUAAAGCAAAAGAUCUACAAUACGCGUAACUCUUUGAUAGAACCGGAGGUACCCCUAGCGCAAAGAGCUCUAAGAAGCCUGAAUAAGAAAGCGUCGGAGUCGCCAAAAGGCAAGAAAUCUCUCUCGCCCACCAAGAGAACGCUCAUCACGCCAGUCAGAAAAAGUAGAAAUGGUAGAUUGAGAUCGGCAAGGCUUCUUAAAACGUGCUAGAAUUGGCACAUGUUAAGGAGUUAAUACGGAGAUUAAAUCAGUACAUAGGGAUUGUUUUUACUGCCAACAUUUUCCCCUUUUUUAACUAAAAUUUUAACAAAUUCUGUACUUUUUUUCUUCUUUUUUUUGCUCUGCUCGGGGUUGAUUUUUUUUAUACAGUCCAUUAUCUACAGACUAUACAACUUUGGACCACUCCAUCAAUCAGAAAUUAUUCUAGUUGUUUAUUGGGAGGUUUUCAACAAGUGUUAAAUUUGAGUGACGAUUUAGAAAUGCCGCACAACUUAUUUUAUUGACUGAAACAUUGACCAAAAACAAGCAAUAUUUACAUGUAUAAAUAAUAGUAAUAAAUCUUUUGAUAGGGGUGGAUAUUCAUUCAGUUUUAGUUUUCUAGUUAAUGUACGUCUUCGAUCAGGAAAAAAAUCACUUGGGUUUUCACAGUUGGUUUUACCAUGGAGAAGGGGGUCCUUUCUAUGGUGUAACCCACAAUCCUUUGGAUGAUUCAUACACCAAUGCUAUUGGUUGAUUUUGAGGCCAAGCAAACCAUGAUCAUGGGUGCCUUUUGGCGGUCGUAACCAAUAACUGUUUCGGUUGAAUUGGCCAUUUGUCAAUCAUUGACCAAACGGUUGUUGGUUACGACCGCCAACACCCCUAGUGUAAAACACGCUGGCUGAUGGAACAAGUAAGGCCUACAGCUGUAGCUAGAUGCGCGCGUCUGCCUAUACUUCAACACUGACAGACGCGCUAAUCUAGCCGUAGCUUUAGCCAAAAGUUGCCGUUUCGAAGUUUACCUUAUGAACCUCAAGGGUCCAAACUCUGUCAUGUCACACCAAGAGGAUGUUCCCCUGAUUUCAAUAUUAUUCUAAUGGCCUCCAAAGCCUAGAUUUCUCCACAAAGUUUGCUAAUGCUUCCUGUAGCUGUUAAUAGGCAUGAUAUUCUUCCUUAUUCUGAUUUCUGAAUUUUUCUAACCUUGGAAAAUCAGAAAAAUUGUUAUAAAAUAGCCUGAAAAGUCUUCUAAAGCCUGGUACAGGUAGGUUAACACUUGUAAUCAAUACAACUUUACUACUCUUUUGCAAGGGUCAGAUAUCAUGGCUGUGAAAAAAAACACAGCCUCUCCUUUGUUACAAUUAAUAGUAUGUCUUUAAACCUUUAAUCUUCCACUGCACAAUGUGUAUCAAAUGGCCUGUCAAUUUCAUUUUUACUUUUUAAAAAUACACAUUGUCACUUUUAACAGAGUUCAUAGCUUUUAUAACUUCCUGAGGGAUUGGUUCAUGACAUUUUCUUCUUAAAAAAUUGAUCUGGACACUGCUCUUCUAAGGGCUAAACAAUUGUUCUUACCAGAAGAAGGUUACCAGCCAUAACAACAUUUUAUGUACCGUUUGCAACUGAUAUUUUUGAAAAUUUUCACUCAAAGCACUACUUUCUGUUUAAUAAUAGCAAAAACCAUUUCUAUAUAGCGCAUAUCACCGUGAGGUCCCUAUGCGCUAUAAAAGGAAAUAAACAAUUAUUGUACAAAGUAAACAGAUAUGUUUUUAUCCGGGUUUUGAAUUGUUCUGAUGUCUCAGCCUGUUUGACAACCUCUGAAGACUGUUCCAACUAAACUGCUGCAUAUUGGAAAGAGCGGGAACCGUACGACUUGGUUUUGAUAACUGGGGGAGUCGGAAGGGAUUUAUUU